UACUGUUCCGGGUCUGACUGAAGAGAUCCGAUUCGAUGCAGACGGAUUACGCGAUAUGUUCUACAUUGAAGUGCUUGAAUUACAACGUAACAACGAUACCGGCGAUACUUAUCGAAAAAUUGCUCUUUAUGACACAAAAUAUGGCAUCACAUUGCUGCGCAACUUUACCAAUGUCGAGGAGCAAACCACAACAUCCAUGAAGUUGAAAGUAUUUAAAGUGAUCUUGCGCGAGGGAAUGCCAUUUCUACGAAAAAAGAUCGAUGUUGUCAUUGGCCAAAAUAUGACUGACAAUGAUUUGUACGAAGGUUUUGCAACGGAGCUCAUAAAAGCAAUUGCUGUCAAAUGUGGAUUUAGCUAUGAGAUCAAAGUUGUCGACAUGGAAAACGGUAAAGAAAAUCUAGCCACUGGUCAAUGGUCGGGGAUUAUUGGAGAAAUUGUCAAUAAGAGAGCUGACUUAGCCAUUGGCGAUAUUACUGUGACGCAUUCACGCAAAACUGUAAUGGAUUUUUCUACCCCAUUCAUGACUUUAGGAAUCAGCAUUUUGUAUGCUAAACCACACAAAGAGAAGGCUGGUUUAUUUUCUUUCAUGGAUCCACUGUCAAGGCACGUUUGGGUUCACGUGGCUACGGCUUUUUUAUGUAUUUCAAUCACUGAAUUCUUGCUGGCUAAAAUGACUGCGAAUGACUGGGAAAAUCCACAUCCCUGUGAUGAAGAUCCCGAAGAAUUGGAAAAUAUUUGGAACAUGCACAACUGUAUUUGGUUGACGGUAGGCUCUAUUAUGCAACAAGGAUGUGAUAUUCUGCCCAAAGGUAUACCGACCCGUAUGGCUGCUGCUGUCUGGUGGUUCUUUGCUCUCAUUGUCAUUUCUUCUUAUACCGCUAAUUUGGCUGCCUUCUUAACCAAAAUUCAAAUGGAAGAAAGUAUUGGCAGUGUCGAUGAUUUGGCAUCUCAAAAUCAAAUACGAUAUGGGCUACAAGCCGGUGGCAGCACGGAAGAUUUCUUCAAGAAGUCAAAUUACUCCACCUAUCAAAAGAUGUGGUCUGUCAUGGAAAAGGCUGAACCAAGUGUGUUUGUAAAAGACAAUAAGGAAG